GUUCAGACGUCUCAACCCGAAACGUCACCUAUUCCUUCGCUUCAUAGAUGCUGCCUCCCCCGCUGAGUUUCUCCAACAUUUUGUCUACCUUCAAUUUUUCUCGCAUCUGCAGUUCUUUCGAAAGCAAUUUGUCUUUCCACUGACUGGUUAGCACGGAAUGAAAGCUUUUCACUAUACCUCGCAAUAAACCAAUCUAAGCUAAAUGUUCAACUGUGCAUUGGAGUUAAUAUACCUUUCACACCUAACAGUGCUUUUACACUUAUAUACGCCACAAAAUGCUGGCAUUUUGGCACUCCAGCUGACCACUUUCAAAGAAAAGUUAGAACGGCUUAAAUCAGCUGGAGUUUUAGAGUAUCUGCAAUGAAGGAGAAAGACCAUGUGCCAGAGUAAGAAAAUCUCUGAAGAACUGAAUGUAGUCAGAAAACAAAACGGAAAUUAUUGAUCUAAGAUAGUUUAUUGUCAAACGUGGUAUGUGUGCCUUUACUUGUACCUUGCUGCCAUGGCGACCCAAACACGGCUGCAAAUGACAGGGAACCACCCGCUUUGUGGGUUUAAAAAAAUAUUAAAUCCAAUCUCUAUUUAUUUUGUUUGUGCACGUUAAAAGGGAGCACAGAAGUUUGCCUCCGUGCUGUUCAAGUUUAAAGGAGCAGAUGUGAUAUUGAAGCAAAGAGGAAAGAUUGGAGCGGCUUGGUUUGGAGAGAGAGGUGUUAGAGCGGCGCUGUAAUUACAGGGUGUGUUGACAGCGUAGCGGUGUCGUUGCGGGAAGAACUUUCAUCCUGUGGGUCUACCGCAGUUACAACCCCGACGGGAGGGUGGCCAAGACGGUGGGACGUGUUCUUCAAAACUUUUUUUAAAGACCGGAAACGUCGAGUUUAUCGUCAGGAGCAACGCCUCCAAACUAGUAAAGUGGGGGGUUUUGUUGUUUUUUUGAGUAAUGCUCAGCGUGGUGUGCGAAUUUGCUGCUCUCACUCCACGCUUCAAUCACACAAUCCGAAUGGAACGGCAGCAAGAUGAAAGUUUCAGGGUGGCAGGGGAAAGAGGAACAACUACCAAGAAGUCCACAACAAGAAAAUAAUUGAAUUUUAAAAGCAAAGGUUGAGAGAAGAUGCACUUGAUGCCCUUGGAGACGCGAUGUGUUGGCUAUCGUCUCGAACAGUGGCAGCAGCUUCACAUAAACCUGGACACAUGCACUAUUGGUGAUAUUUCCAGUCCAGCUGAUAUGCUGUAACGUGGCAGAAUGGGUGAUAUUCGCAUUCGGAUACCAGGCUGAUAGAUUGGAUCUUGCAUUUUUGGAAACAAGAGCCAUUUCUGAUAUUGUUGACACGUUUUACAGCCAACAACAUUUUUUUUGUGCAAUUUGAUGCUAUUUUCACGCUUAAGGACAUUUGAAUGGUUGGCAGUAGUGAAGAUUAAUUGUUUGAUCUUAUUUCGGUGACUUUUUUUCCCCAUGCGUCGCUGUCUGGGUGGAGUUUUUUUUCUUUUUGGCUAGUAAUUUCAAGACCUGCAGUUGAAGUUGCAUGAGUUUAUUUGUGGUUCUGUUGGUGGUCAAUGUGGAGGGAGGGUGGUGUGGCGGUGCGGUGCACGGCAUGGCUCAAGGUAGUCGGUGGAGGGCGAGUUGCAAGCUGACUGGCAAGAGCAAGAUGUCGAAGAGAGAGACCAGGAGCGUCCGCUCCAACCUGUUGCAAGACAAGCCGUCGCGGCCGCACGCCAGCAACCGGCUCAAGACCACCAAGUACUCGGUCAUCUCAUUCCUCCCCAAGAACCUCUUCGAGCAGUUCCACCGCUUCGCCAACGUCUAUUUCGUCUUCAUCGCCCUGCUGAACUUUGUGCCCGUCGUUGGAGCCUUCCAGCCCGAGUUAGCCCUGGCCCCCGUGGUCUUUAUCCUUGCAGUGACCGCCUUCAAAGACCUUUGGGAGGACUACAGGAGGUACAGGUCCGACCAGGAGAUCAACCACAUGGACUGUCUCAUCUACUGCAGGAAUGAGAAAAAGUACGUGGAAAAAUAUUGGAAAGAGGUUCAAGUCGGGGAUUUUGUCCGCUUGCGGUGCAAUGAAAUCAUUCCCGCCGACAUCCUGCUGCUCUCCUCCAGCGAUCCCGAUGGUCUCUGCCACAUUGAAACAGCCAACCUGGAUGGAGAAACUAACCUCAAGCAGCGACAGGUUAUUAAGGGCUUUACUGAGCUGGAAACUGAAUUUGACCCCAUGAAGUUUAACAGUGUUAUAGAAUGUGAGAAGCCAAACAACGAUCUGAACAGAUUUCAAGGUUACAUAAUAUACAAAAAUGAGAAGAAAGCUGGACUUUCUAAAGACAAUCUCUUACUUCGUGGAUGCACCAUUAGAAACACAGAAGAGGUUGUGGGCAUUGCGAUCUAUGCAGGCCAUGAGACUAAAGCCAUGCUAAACAACAAUGGUCCACGUUACAAGCGCAGCAAGCUGGAGAGACAGAUGAAUGUAGAUGUCUUCUGGUGUGUUAUUAUCCUUGUCGUGAUGUGUCUUUUCUCAGCCAUUGGUCAUGGUCUGUGGGUGGCCGGAUACGGAGAUCAGCGGCCAGUAUUUGAUGUCCUCAGUGCAGAUGGCACGUCCUUAUCCCCUGCAUUGUCUGGAUUAUAUUUGUUCUUUACGAUGAUAAUAGUACUUCAGGUGCUGAUUCCAAUUUCACUGUACGUUUCCAUUGAGAUUAUCAAGAUUUGCCAAGUAUUUUUCAUCCAUCAAGACGUCGACCUGUACGACGAGGAAACGGACUCCCAUCUGCAGUGCCGGGCGCUGAACAUCACGGAGGAUCUGGGGCAAAUACAGUAUAUAUUCUCUGACAAAACUGGAACACUGACGGAAAAUAAGAUGGUGUUCCGACGAUGCACAGUGGCAGGAGUCGAGUACUCGCACGAUGCCAAUGCAAAGAGGUUGGCAAUGUACCAAGACCUUGACUCGGAGGAUGAGGAAUGUAUGUCCAAAUCGGAAACAAUACCAAGAUGCGACAGCACAUCCAGCCACCAGAGUGCCAAGGUUGGCCACAGAACCCAAAGCACCAAGUCCCACCGUCGGACGGGCAGUAGAGCAGAGGCGAAGAGGGCCAGCAUCCUGUCCAAGCACACUGCCUUCAGCAGCCCCAUGGAGAAAGACAUCACACCAGACCCCCAGCUGUUGGAAAAGGUGAAUGAAUGUGCCAGCCGUCUGGAGGUGUUGAGGCAACGAGGACAGCCACUGAGCCACCUCACCCCUGAACUAUCUGACACCAUCGACUUUUUCAUCGCACUGACGGUUUGUAACACUGUAAUGGUUUCGUCACCGAACCAGCCGAGGCACAAGGUUCGAGUCCGCUUUGAGCUCAAGUCUCCAGUCAAGUCCUUGGAAGACUUCAUCAAACGGUUUACCCCCAGUCGCCUGACCUCGGGCUCGAACAACAGCAGCUCCUCCAGCCUGUCCACAAGCAAGUCGCUGCACAGAAUCUCCAGCAGCACCUUGGUCUCUCCUUCCUCGGACGUUGCCUCCACAAAGAUGGGCGAAGAUUCCGGCAGAUCCCCGCAGAGGGAGAAGAAUGAAAACGGCUUCCGGGCAGAGACCACGAUAGCCGAGGGGAAGGACGCUGGAGGGGAGUUGCGUUACGAGGCCGAGAGCCCAGACGAGGCGGCCCUUGUUUAUGCCGCCAAGGCCUACAACUGCGCCCUGGUUGGCAGACUGCCGGAGCUGGUGACCGUGGAGCUGCCCCAUGUGGGCAAGUUGGCUUUUGAACUCUUGCACACGCUGGGCUUUGAUUCCACUCGAAAGCGGAUGUCAGUGGUGGUCAGGCACCCUCUGACCGAUGAGAUUGUUGUUUACACUAAAGGAGCUGACUCUGUCAUCAUGGAUCUUCUCCAGCAACCUCCCCCAGAAGAGGACACUGCUGGCAAACGUACAAGGAAAAUCCGGAGCAAGACCCAGAAUUACCUGAACCAGUAUGCUACUGAUGGACUCCGAACACUAUGCAUCGCUAAGAGGAUCCUGCAUAAGGAAGAGUAUGCACACUGGCUGGAACACCGCUUGGAGGCAGAAUCUGCUGUUGAAAAUAGAGACGAGCUUCUGUACCAGUCAGCAGUAUGUUUGGAGACUGACCUUCAGCUGCUAGGAGCCACAGGCAUCGAAGACCGCUUACAGGACGGUGUUCCCGAAACGAUAGCUAACCUACGGAAAGCGGGUUUGCAAAUAUGGGUCCUCACCGGAGACAAACAGGAAACGGCCAUCAACAUCGCCUACUCUUGCAAGCUCCUCGCUCAAGAUGAAGAGCUCCUCACCCUCAACGCUGAAUCCCAGGAGAACUGCGCGGCUCUGCUGGAGCAGUGCAUAAGCCGGGUAGAAUCAAAGAGUCCUCUGAACAAACGCUUGCAUGCCGCUGCAAACGGCGCAGUCGACUUUGUCCCAUCGAACGGGACCUCACCGAGCGCCGCCGCAAUGCGACACAACUUCAGCUUGGUGGUCGAUGGAAGGACGCUGACCUUUGCAUUGGAGAAAACACUGGAGGACAAGUUCCUUGCACUAGCCCAAAGUUGCCGCACUGUGUUGUGCUGCCGUUCCACGCCAUUGCAGAAAAGCAUGGUGGUCAAACUGGUCCGGGACAGACUAAAAGUGAUGACCUUAGCCAUAGGAGACGGGGCCAAUGACGUCAGCAUGAUCCAGGUUGCCGAUGUUGGAGUGGGAAUCUCUGGCCAGGAAGGAAUGCAGGCUGCAAUGGCGAGUGACUUCGCGAUCGCACGGUUUCGACAUUUACAGAAGCUCUUGCUGGUCCACGGUCAUUGGUGUUACUCCCGGCUGGCAAACAUGGUGCUUUAUUUCUUCUAUAAAAAUGCGAUGUUUGUUGCCCUUCUUUUCUGGUAUCAGUUCUUCUGUGGAUUUUCGGGUUCGACAAUGAUCGACCAGUGGUACCUUAUCUUCUUCAACCUUCUGUUUUCAUCUGUGCCCCAACUCAUCACUGGGAUACUCGAUAAAGAUGUUUCAGCAGAAACCUUGGUGGCCUUACCGCACCUGUAUAAAAGCGGGCAGCAAUCUGAGGAAUACAAGCCAUACAUGUUCUGGAUGAACAUGGUUGAUGCUCUCUACCAAAGCCUUGUCUGCUUCUUCUUUCCAUAUCUGGCUUACCAGGAUUCGGAUGUUGAUGUAUUUACUUGGGGAACGCCUAUAACUACGCUGGCCCUGUUCACGAUCAUAAUGCACCUCUGCAUUGAAACUAAAACAUGGACUUGGAUGCACGUCACCUCCAUUGCCUUCAGCGUCGUUCUUUUCUUUACCGUCGCACUGAGCUACAAUGCAGCUUGUCCUAAAUGCUACCCUCCAUCCAAUCCCUACUGGACGAUGCAGAGGUUGAUGGUGGAUCCAAAGUUCUAUCUGAUUUGUGUUCUUACUCCAAUGACAGCCUUACUACCCAGGUACCUGUACCGAGUCUUUCAAGGCACCAUGUUCCCUACUCCGACCCAGCGUGGGCGGCAACUGGACAAGCUGCGCCCUGUGGUGUGGAGCCGUUUUGGCAAGUGGACCGCACCAGGGAAUUCUUCAGUCGUGCCAAAGCCUGACGUGGUGACCGUUGUUUCCACACGCUCCGGAGUUGGAGUCGGUGAUCCAACGCCCAGCGAUAGCCAACGUAUUCCAAUGGAUGAUGCACGCCCAACGUCCAACGGACCCAGACAUAAGCAGGCGGCGUCAGAGUUAUGGGAAACCAGUCUAUCUGGUCAGGAGUUUGAAGGAAAUGUCAAACUCACCAUUCCAAAUGGCAACUCGGCAUCAACCCAAAACAGACUGUCACAUGUACACAAUGUUCAGCGCAUUGAGCUAGUGACAGAACUGCCCCUUAUAGAAGAUGGCAUACCAUUGAGCCCUUACAGCGGGAUAGACCGGUCAAGUGUACCUUUACCAAACUGGAAGACAUUGACAACAUCGAUCGAUGAUACAACACAUUCUUUACAUUCCUUGUCACAGACACAAACAUUGGAAAGUGAGAUAUUUGGUUACAUGGAGCUUGAGAGUGGAAAACUCUCUGAAGAAUGGCUUCAGAACACUUCCAUCAUCUCACCCCGAAUGGUUCAGCCAAAGACAUCGGAUGAUAGUCAUCUGGAAGAGGUUCCAUUGUGACUAAAACCCGGCUGCUUAAAGUGCCUUUGUUUUACAUUUUGCACAGUAUCGGAUUAUAGUCUUAAAAAAAAAUUGUAUUUAAUAUUAGAUUGUCUUCUCAUGAAUCUUUAUCAAGAGUAAAACGUAUUUUAUAAUUUGCACAUAUAGAAAGAUAUAAGGAAUAAUUGUGCAAGAUUUAAUAUAUAGUUUUCUGAAAUAGUGCUGUUUUCAAAAUGGAGUUUGUAUCACUGAGUUUCUGUUUGUAACAAAGAGUCACGAACAAGGGGUUGUAACUACAACACAAAGGGAUGAUCAUUUAAAACUGAAAAACUUAGAAAUGUUUUCUUUCAGAUGGUAGUGAAUCUCUUUAAUUUUCUGCCCUCCAAAGGUGAUGGCAGCCUGAUCUUUUGAUAUAUUUAUGCAGAUCCAUUAAUAUUAGUAAGAUUCAGCGAUUGAGGCUUAAAGGGAACUUGCACAGAUGAAGAUUUGAGGUCAGUAUGGAUCAGCCAUGUUCAUAUGGAAUAGUGGGCAGGUUUGAAGGACCUGGUAGCGUAGUCCUGAUCUUAAUUUCUUGUGCUCAUGUACUCGAGAUGUGUCUCAUCGUCGUAGAGUCAUACCGCAUGGAAACGGGCCCUUUGGCCCAACUUGCCCAUACUGGCCAACAUGUCCCAGCUACACUGGUCCCACCUGCCUGCGUUUUGCUCCAUAUCCCUCCAAACCUGUCCCAUCCAUGUAAAUUUGUCUCCAAACAAAUGUUUUCCUUGUCAUAAUUUCUCCAAACUCCAGGAGAGAAACCACCUGGAACUGAAAGGACCAAAGGGACGAUGGUCAGAAUGUCGGUGAAAGCAGAAGACAAGUAGGGGAUAUCCAUGGAUCACUACUUUAAGGGACAUUACUCUGUUCUCAAUAAGCAACACUCUACAUCUUCUGUGCACAUAUUUGUAUAUGGAUAUCCUGCCAGAUUGUCCAUCCAUGUUGGGAAAUCAAAACUAACUCUUUUUAAAGGGGUUAACUAAGAGUUUAUGGGGAGAAGGCAGGAAAAUGGGGUUGAGAUGGAAAGAUAGGUCAGCCAUGAUUGAAUGGUGGAAUAGACUUGAUGGGUCAAAUCACCCCAUUUUGCUCUUAGAAGUUAUGAACUAAUUAGUGUAUCUGCUUCAUACUCUAAUCACAGGUUACAUGUAUGUGGUGUAUGUGAGCUUUAGUGUGUCCACAUUUAGAAUGGAAACUGCCAAAGUAAAUAUUAUGUUGUCUUUGACACUCUUCUCUCCCUCUCAAGGAGAUGCUGCAGUGUCAGUUCCUGCAGCAGGGUGUAAUCUAAGCAAGAUAAAGAUUAUAUUGAAAUAGGAGUAAUGGCGAUUUUCUAGGCAACUGCUGGCGACUGUCAUAGUCACCGAAAAACCAGCGACAACCUAUGUCACCCUGGUGACAACAUACGACAGCACCCACGUCAGGAGAAGUCAAACUAUGCUCAUUGGCGUCAAACACUGUCGGCAAAAAUUUUGCAACAUGUUGAAAAUUUAGCGACGGCCAGAAGGACACUACGACUUUUUUGCGCGACUGAGGGGACUAAUCCCGGCGACCAUCGGCAAACAUGUGGCGACAAACUAGUCGCCUGUGGUUGCCUAAAAAAUCACCUAAGUGGGACAGGCCCAUUCAGUCCCUCAGUCCUGUUACAUCCAUAUCCAUCUCAAGUCAAGUCAAGUUUAUUUGUCACAUACACAUACGAGAUGUGCAGUGAAAUGAAAGUGGCAAUGCUCGCUUUCUGUACAACUAGGCUGACAAAUAUCUUUCAGUUUCAUAGGUAGAACUAUAUGGAAGAGAAUUCCACAAUUGUAACCGGAGAUGUGUUUCCAACAAGGAUGUGGGUCUGAUUUUAAGAUUGGUACUUAGUUCUUUAUUCCCUCACUAUUAUAUACUGUUACUAUGUAAGCAUUUCCAUCGCAAAGGUAGAUGUGGGAUUUUAUGAUGGUAGAAAUGUGGCAAAACGUUGCUGUUAAAUGUGAUGGCUGCAUUAAGUAAGAACAGUCCUUUUUAUGACUCGCUUGCUGCCGAAUGCUGCCCUUGAUAUGAAAGGAAGGUCAACUAUAUUGGAACCCAAAACGUCAUAGAAACAUAGAACAUAGGUGCAGGAGGAGGACUUUCGGCCCUGCGAGCCAGCACCGCCAUUCAUUGUGAUCAUGGCUGAUCAUCCACAAUCAAUAACCCGUGCCUGCCUUCUCCCCGUAUCCCUUGAUUCCGCUAGCCUCUAGAGCUCUAUCUAACUCUCUCUUAAAUUCAUCCAGUGAUUUGGCCUCCACUGCCCUCUGUGGCAGAGAAUUCCACAAAUUCACAACUCUCUGGGUGAAAAAGUUUUUUUUUCUCAUCUCAGUUUUAAAUGGCCUCCCCUUUAUUCUUAAACUGUGGCCCCUGGUUCUGGACUCCUCCAACAUUGGGAACAUUUUUCCUGCAUCUAGCUUUUCCAGUUCUUUUAUAAGUUUCUAUGAGAUUCCCUCUCAUCCUUCUAAAUUCCAGUGAAUAAAUCCCAAUCAUCCCCCUAUUCCCUCCACAGAUGCUGCCUAACCCACUGCGCUACUCCAGCGCUUUGUGUUUUUACUCAGCCAGGCUGGUUGGCCCUUUGAGGUUGUGCGGGGUCUCUAUAAAAGAGGUGCAAUAACUCCCAAUACCAACUUCAGCCCACCUGACGGAGGCGGCACUGUGGUGCAGUGGUGUAGUUGCUGCCUUGCACCACCAGCGACCCUUGUUCGAUCCUGAUACGGGUGCUAUCUGUACGGAGUUUUACGUUCUCCCCAUGACUGCGUGGGUUUACUCCUGGUGCUCUGGUCUCCUCCCACACUCCAAAGAUAUACAGUUUUGUAGGUUAUUUGGCUUUGGUAAAAUUGUAAAUUGUACCAACUCUGCAGGAUAGAGCUAGUGUGCGGGGAUCGCUGGUCGGUGCGGACUCAGUGGGCCGAAGGUCCUGUUUCCGCGCUGUAUCUCUAAACUAAACUAAACCUUAAGCCUUGCAAUUUCCUUCUGUGAAUGGAACUUGCAAAACAACCUCAAUGGUACAAAAACAUAUAGUUUUGUAAGAGGUGAAGAAUUUAGUUUAGUGUAUUGUUAUGUGUGCCGAGGUACUGCGAAAAGCUUUUGUGUUGUGUUGCUCGCCACAUUAUUGCAAAUUAUUUAUAAGUGCCAAAAUCUCCUACUAUAAGUAAACAUAAGUCCAUUUUUAAAUCAUGCAUGCAAUGGUUUCUAUUAAACAGCAUUAAACAACCUGGUCUAUUUUCAUCCUAGAAAAGAUAUUUUCUUCACCUCAUGUUUACAAUUUUUUUUUUACGAAACAAAUCUUAUUUAUUUGAAUUUAUUUGCAAAAAUAAUUUUGAUCAUUGAGCUAUACAAACACUAUUCGGUCAGAAAUUAGAUAGAUUGUUAAUGAUCGGAUUUGGAUGUGCUGAUUACCGUUUGCUCUUAAAACAUGUAUAAUGACUAUAAUAACACAGCAGUUUGGAAGCGCUGAGGAGGAACUAAGGGACUGGCAUUUUUUUUAAAGUGGCCUUUCAAACUUUGGCACUGAGCUGCCUACAAAAUACCGUCGAGAGAUAGUCAUUGUUGGAAUGCCUGUAAAUGAAGCAGACCUGCGCAUGUAAAAGGAAACAAAAUGCUGGAGUAAGUGCUGGGUCAGGCAGCAUCUCUGGAGAACAUGGAUAGGUGACGCUUCUGCAGACUGAAGAAGAGUCCCGGCCCCGAAAUGUCACCUAUUCAUGUUCUCCAGAGAUUUGUGGCCUUUUGUGUAAACCAGCAUCUGCAGUUCCUUGUUUCUGCUGACCUGAGCAUGCUUCUGAUAAACAAACUUCGGGAAAGCCGUGUUUUGCAUUAUAAUUUCAACAGCUCAGAAAAUACCAACACUGAACUUUUGGAACAAAGGCUGGACAGGUGUUUAAAGGGUUAAGACUGCUUACGACUGUUAGACCAUAAGGUGUCACCAGCUUUUUCUCGAAAAUGGGUGCACAUCUGUGAGUGACCAAUGGCACCUUAUAUAUGACAUUCUUUCAUAUUGUUUCUUUGAAUGAUCAGGAAAAAAAGUCUCUUUGUUUUGAAUAUAAAACAUAUGAAGAAAAUUGUAAGCAAUGUGUUCAUUAUUGUAACUCGAGAAUUAUAAUUAUUAAAAAAAUAGAAGUUAUCAAAAUCAUGUGGAUUUCUGCAGUUAACUUGAGACGCACGGAUCAUUCUGGCUGCCAAUUCCCAAGUUAAUUUGGUGUUUUUAUAUCUCGUGUUCUCUGGUCUUCCGAGAAGUAUUCUUGUCUGAAGUAUAUCACAUGUCUAUAUCAUUUUACGGGUAGUAAACUCAUUUCUGCUCUGUGCCAAUAAACUCGAGUCCUUUCACAAGUCUCAGAAUUUGCCCAAAUGAUCAUUCUAAGUACAUGAAGGAACAGCAGCUGUCGUGUUAAAAUGACUGUGUAAGUCACUGAGGCCAAGUACACUUCUUCCCACCCUGCCUCCUGUAAGGGCCAUCCCUCACUCCCAAUUCCUCCGCC